AUGGUGCCCUUACUCCUCCUCCUUUCCGUCACUGUGCAGGCGAUCACUGUCCUGCCCUCAAAUAGUACCCAGGAUCUGUCCGCUUCCAACUCGACUCACUUUCGUCUGCAGGCCUCCGGUCCGCUCAACGGCCAACGUCUCGCCCCGUUGACCAAGACCCUUGAUAAUCUAAACGACAGCCAGAAACAGGCGUAUCACGUCGCGGGUAACGUCACCAGAGUGGUCGCGACCGAUUCUUUGGGGCUGAGUUCAUCUUCAAUUGCCUGCGUCCCGUGCGAUCCAUCCGACUAUCCCGGGCCUUUGAAAGUCGACAAUACAGUGCAGAACAUACUUGUUUCCCAUCCACCACCUGCUGCCAUCGUGCUAUAUAGCUCGUCGUCCUCCCACUGUAACAUAUCGGCUAAUUCGACUGCGGAGGGAUUCGCCAACAUCUUCACCGUCACUAGUCUGCAUGCGUCCUUUGCUCUCCAGGCCCUCUUCCAAUCUACCAACCCCGCUGUCACUAUUGACGAGAUGUCCGUUCCCAAUGCCGGCGUCGACCCCACCAGCUCGGGUGGAAGCAGCCCCAAUACUGCCAUGAUAAUCCUCUAUAGUAUCACGGGUAUUAUCACUGCUCUAUUCCUGGGCAUUAUCAUUACGGGCGCUGUUCGGGCCCACCGCCACCCAGAGAGAUAUGGUCCUCGCCGUGUGGCAGGGCGGCCGCGGCAGAGUAGAGCACGAGGUAUAGCAAGGGCAAUGCUCGAAACGAUUCCGAUCGUCAAAUUCGGCGACGAACCCGCAGAUGGCGUCGAUGGUGCCAAGCGAGACAUUGAGAUGGAAGGCAGCGAAGCCCCAUCGCGCGAGCACUCGCCGCCUCGUUCGGAGAAUGCCGAGAUCGAGCAACUUCCCAACCCAGCGGACGCGGAGCUGCCCAAGCAACCUGCUACCCCAACCCCCGAGUCAAAGGGCGAAACUACGCACGACACGGGUAACUUCUCUUGUCCUAUUUGUACCGAUGACUUUAUCAAGGGCCAGGAUCUUCGCGUGUUGCCGUGUAACCAUCAAUUCCACCCCGAAUGUAUCGAUCCCUGGUUGGUCAAUGUCUCGGGAACCUGUCCCUUGUGCCGCAUCGACCUCAACCCAUCCAAGGCCGACGAGAACACCGAAGAAGGCGAGAUUGCCGAGCACCCAGAAGAGACAGCCGAAGAGACCGCGGCCGAAACACCUGCCCGUCACUCCCACCACCGCUUAAAAAGCUACCUGAAUGUUCGACGCAUGCGUAAUGCCACCGUGGAAGAACGACUCGCUGCUUUGCGCCAAGUCCGAGAAGCCAACCAAGAUGAGCAGGCUGCGACCGAGGAUGCGACCGCGCAGCGCAGCAGAAACCGUCUUAGCGCACGACUCCGCGACCGGUUCCGCAUUCGCACAAGUGCUCACGGCCUCGAGCCUCCCCCCGUUUCUCCCAUCGGGGGCCCCAGUUCUGGGGGACCUGAAGCGACCACCCCGGCACAUGCAACUGAUGCCGAGGCCCCGGCUGCACCGGAAGCCUCGCAGCCACAGCCCCAGCCACAUCCGUAA